GCGCAUGCGCUAGCGUCAUGGUUACCGUGGAGUUGAAGUGAGACACAUUGAGCUUUUAAAAUUACCAGAGAGUUUGAAAAGCCAAGUUAUUGCGCAAACGCACAGGUUUAUUUCACACAAGUAAGUCAAGAAAAUUACCAAGGAACUGUAUGCAGAAAAUCCAGCUGCAAAGCCAGACAGCUCUUGUACAAGUCACAGAAUCUGGUACUGGGUGGAGGAUGGUAUUAAUGAGAUGAACAAGAUUGUAAAACCGACGACUUCGGCCAGUUCAAGGAGAGUACAGUGAAUUGUAAAACCCCCGCUACAGCAAUCAUGUCAAACAGAACUUACAAUAAGAUGUGGAUUGAGACUCAUGAGGCUCUGCAUUACCUUCUGAAGCAGGAGAUCACUGCCCAUGUUGCUAAACCACAGACAGAUCGCGUGAUGAUCUUUCAGAUGCUGACAACUUUCUACAUUAAGUAUGUGCAAAUUUUCCGUAAUAUGGAAGCUCUGUAUGACCAGAUUGUGCAUCCUCAGAAGCGCAGGGUUAUUCAGCAUGUGCUGGAUGGAAUUAUGGGCAGAAUCUUGGAGCUAAAGAAUGAAAUGGUGAACCUGGAAUUCUCAGAGUUUCACUAUUGUGAUGAUGUCCUGCAGGAUCUCAAGCUAACCCCGGAAGACCUAGAGAUCCCUGUUCCCAGAUACUUUGUCAAGGAUAAACUGAAAGUUUUGAAGAUCAGAGAAAACAUUCUGGUGCGGAUAUUAUCCCAAAGCUGGGCUCAAGUGGAACAAGAAAGAAAUAUAAAAUUAUUGAUGCUUGAAGAAGCGAUUAAAAUCAUUCAGAUAUCUGAGCGUGCUCGACAGGGACGGCUACGAGCCAAGUUUAUGCUGGAAAUCCGAAUGGAAGAAGAAAAGGAGAGAUUAGCUAAACAUCGGGUAGCAAGUACACUAGCUCCUGUAAUGGCAGCUACCUGCAUCCAAAAGAUUUGGCGUGGGUAUGCUCAGAGGAAAAUUACCAAGAAGGAACGAGCUGAAGAAAUGAUAUUUCUUGAAAUGGCACCACCACCUAAUUUCCUAAAGCCUAGCUCUGCUGAGCUUCAAGCUCAGAAGGUAGCUCUGCAGCGGAAUGUGGUGCAGGAAGUACAUGAGGUGGAAUACCAGGAAGCCUUGGUCACUAUAAAAGAGCAAGUGCGAACAGUGGAAGGACCGGAUAUUCAAGAAACCCUGCAGGAGCAGAUCCGACAGUGGUUUAUUGAGUGUCGAAACACAACUGGGAAGUUUCCUGACUACCCUGAUGUAGAGAAAGGAGGUUCUGCAGCUAUUUUUGCUUCAAAGACUCCUCAAGAGGUACUCCAAGAACUUGCAGCCCAAGAAGAUAGGAAAAAGGCAAAGAAAGAGAAAAAGGGCAAAAACGAGAAGAAGAAAAAGAAGAAGAAGGAAAAAGCUAAUAUGGAGGAGGAAGAGCAUGGUUGGAAAAUGGCUCAAAGUAAUUUCCUCUCAACAGUGGCAGAAGGUCAAAACACAUAUGAAGUGGUAUGGCAGAACCGAAAUGAAUGCAUGAACUUCCCCCAGAAGCACGUUGCUGAACUCAUCAAGGAAGAUAAACGCAAAGAGGUGGAGGAGGAAAUCAGAGUACAGGCAGAGCUCCGGUCAACAGAGACGGUUUGUCUGCAAAGGACUCCUUUAUUAAACACCUCGAGAUUCCAGACCUGGGAAAAUACAUCUUUUGUCCAACACCCAGGAGAAGAAGUGGGAGGUAGAUGAGCUAAUGAGACAGGAACUGAAGAACUUAAAACUAUCAGUGGACAGGGAUAAAAGUACAAAGAAGAAAGGUGGGAAGAAG